AUGGCACCCGAUCCGGUCACACGAUGGGAGCGCAAUCCGCCGCCACCGCCCGUACCGCCUCGACCCUCCCACACCGCACCUUCGCCAGAUCUGGACGAUUUCCUGGCGAACAUCGCGAAGACUGCUACGUCCAGUGCGCCAUACGAGGCAGCGGAAGCUGCGUUCAUGGACGAACUGAUCGCAUGGCAGCAGCGGAAGUCCUCAGCGUGGGACGAGGAGAAGGUCAAGGCCGACGGCGAAGUGGAUCCGGAGAUCCUGUCGUGGCACCAGGAGCAGGAGUCGCAGAAGCCAGGGAAGCAGGAACCUCGUCGUCGCAAGCCAAAGUCGCGAAGAAGCGACGUCUCGCUCGAGACGCUGGCAGGCCUCGCACCGGAUGUCGAGCCUGAGUUCGUCGACGGCCGACCUCUUCCACGACGACUACCCGACCUCGUACCAGCACUCCUCCGACCACCCGCUAAACGACGCAACCACCUCCGCCUCGCUCCAGCCCCGAAACUCGAGACUGCGACCCAACUUCGACCCUACCUUCCGCCUCUGCCUGUCCACGACGCGACUCCCGCGCACCCCGUACCUCAACCACAUCACUACCCUCUCCAUUCCCGCUACGACUGGCGCCUCUCAUCCCCCGUUCGGCAAUUCGUCGACUCGACUCCUCCGUCACUCUACUCUGUCAAGGACACGAGCACGUUCGCACAAGGGCACAACCGUCUCGUCGGCGUCGGCAUCGAGGCGGCCAACAUAGACAAGGAGAAGGACGACAGGUUCAAGUGGCGAGAACGGUGGGGGUUCAAGAGCCACGCUCCCAAAGAGUUCAGGUGCGAGUGGGCAGAGGCGGAGGUGUACCGCAAGAGGUUCGAGCGACUUAUCGCGCUCUCGAAAGAGUGCGAAGAGCUGCACUACCUCGACAAGCUCGAACGUCUCGGUACUCCUCUCCAACGCGAGCGCAAGGGCGUCACAAUCGCUCGCGCGCUCGGCUGCUGGACGUCGAACCAGGACGAGGUCAACCAGGCGAUGUCUUUGACUGCGGACGAGCGGAUGCGGCUGCGACGGCAGGCAGCGAGUUUCGGUGGGAGUGGCAAUUCGGCGCGAAUGGUCGCCGAGUUCGGGUUCGAGGAUGGCAGCCCCAUCUCUGACUGGCACAAGAACGUCUUCACUCCCGGCCAGCCCGUCCGCAUCUCGGCCGCCAGCGACGAAGAACUCGAUGCUGAAGGUCCGCGACCACCACCGGCGGCGGCUCGAGUGGCAAAGUGGCACGUUCAGGGAUCGCUCCUCGAGAUCCGCGACAACAAGCUGGUCCUCAUCUUUGAAGAGUUUGACGUCUGGCCGAUGGACCUGCACGAUGCCUACCAAAUCGACAUUGGCACCGAGACGACCAGCAUCGACUUGCAACACGCGGCGCUCGAGAGCCUCUUCUACGACCCGGCCCUCCAGCGCGCGCACAACCAUGAGGAGGUUCGCAGAGCUCAGCUCACGCACGUCGUUCAGGGAGGAGUCGUUCGGCGUUUGAACGAGGUGUCGUUGCGUGGGACGGACCUUCGCGAGCUCAUCGUGCCGAAGGAAGGCGACGAGGCGUACGCGAAGCACCUUCUUCUGCCCAAGACGGUGACGUACGCCGAAGGAGCGUUCGAGGAUGCAGACGGCGUCGCGAUCACCACGCCCGAGCCGAUUGUCGAGGCGCUUCCCGUACCGUCCAUCCCGUCCGCCCUGCUCCGCGACAACCAGCUCAUCAACUCGUGGAUCAUGCGGUACUCGCGUGACGACCCUAUCGAGAUGCCUGGCGACCCGCAACUCGGCCUCAACCCCAGCCAGACCAAGGCUAUCGCGAUGGCGCUCGGGCAGCGAAUGAGCUUGAUCCAGGGCCCGCCUGGUACCGGCAAGUCGCAGACGAUUGUCAGCUUGAUCGCCCUGCUCAAGCUCGAAUGGCGCGUUCCCCAUCCCAUCCUCCUCGCGGCUCCGACCCACGUCGCCGUCGACCACCUCGUCAAGUCGCUCGUCAAGGCUGGUCUCAACCCGCUGCGACACGGCAAGCUGCCUAGGGUCGACAAAUCGUGCCGGCCGUGGACGAUCGAGGAGCGACAGGAGAAGCAUCCGCUCUGGCCGCGCGUCGAGGCGGCGAAGGGCGCUCUCGAUGAGGCGAAGGCGCUCUCCGAAGCGUUCGAGGCGGAGGUUCGCAAUCUGAAGGAGAUCACGGACGGGCAGCGGCGGAAGAUCGAGGUCGAGCGACUCGUUCUUCGCGAAAACUUGAUCAAGACCUUCCGAGCCUUCGUCGUCCUGGAGCACAAGCUUCACGCCAGCUUGCUCUCCACCGCGGACGUCGUCUGCUCGACCGCCUUGGGGUCGGGCUACUCGAAAGCGCUCAUACAAGUCGACUUCCCGAUUGUGCUGCUCGACGAGGCGGCGAUGUGUACCGAGCCCGUCUCGCUGCUUCCGCUGAUGAAAGGUGCGCAACUCGCCACCUUGAUUGGCGACCACAAGCAGCUACCUGCCGUCAUGCCGUCGAAGGAAGCCGAGCGCGAGCGGCUGCAUAUCAGUCUGUUUGAGCGUCUCUUCCAAUCCGGCAAGAUUCCUUCCAUCACACUCGACAUGCAGUACCGCAUGCGCCCGUCCAUCUCCGCCUUCCCGAACAAGUCUUUCUACCUCGACGCCCUCCGUGACGCCGAGACGGUCCUCGAUCGCCACUCGCCUCCCAAGUCCCGCUUCCUCUUGACGAAGCUGCUUCCCGACGGCGACCUCGCCGAAGUCGACCAGCGCUACGACUCGGUCGCUUUCAUCUCGCACAACGGACGCGAGACCAAGCAUCGCACGUCGUGGCUCAACCGCGACGAAGUCGAGGUUCUCGUCGACAUCGUCGGCGACCUCCUCCUCGAGAACCCGGACCUCGACGCCAGCGACAUCGGCAUCAUCACCCCGUACUACUCGCACACUCGCCUUGUGCGCAACACCUUCAACGAUUCGUCGGCUACCGCCCGCUUGCGAACGCUUCUCGGCCCCGUCCGUGCAGCAACCGUCUCGCAGGUCGAGGUCAAUACGGUCGACGCGUAUCAGGGCCGCGAGAAGCGCGUCGUCAUCUUCUCGACGGUGCGGUCGAACUGGAACGGCUCGAUCGGGUUCCUCACCAACAAGCGCAGGCUCAAUGUCGCCCUCACUCGCGCGAGGGACGCCCUCAUCGUCGUCGGCAACCGGCGGACGCUCGAGCGUGCAGCAGCGCUAUCGUCCUACCAGAGACAGCGCGAGUCGGAGGACCCAGAUCUCGACUUCGGCGUCUGGAAACGGUUCAUCGAGUGGUGCGACGAGCGCGGGCUCUCGAAGAGCUGGGCGGAAAUGAACGGGGGCGUGGAUCUGCAGAUGAAGAUGGAGGCUGAGGCUCAAGCGCGGGCGAAGAGGCGCGCUGAGGCGCAUGCGAGGACCAAGUGGCCUUCGAGCGCGCCGUUGCCUCCCGACGAAGCUGUGGAGGCUUUCCUGUUCGAUCGCUGA